ACCUUGUUACUGCCAUUGCUGAGAGAGAAAAGAGUGCAGUGUGGUGGUUUUAAGUUUUGUUAAAACCAAGGUUCUUCUACUCCUGAAACCAACACACACUAAAAAGUAAAAUAAAAAAAAUAUAUAAAAAAAACACCCAUUCUCAAAACACGCGUCUUUGUAAGGAGACACCAACAAGCUAUACAUUCGCACUACUACUACUAUCACCACACACUGCUUCUGAUGUCUGAAUUCUGAAUUCUGAAUUUUCCCUUGUCUUGUGUCCUAUGCUUCUCUCUUUCUCAGUACUGCUCGCUCUGCAACUCCAUGCCAAUUUUUCAGGGCUCAUGAUGGACACUUGAACUAGUGGGAAAUAAAGAGGGAGAAAGAGCACAGUGAAAAAAGAUAACCCCACUAGGCAUAAAAGGGCGAGGAGAGAAAAAGAGAGGGGCUUUAUGGAUUACGUAUGAAUUAUCAUCAUCACAACCGUAGCUUUUAAGUUUUUAUCUUUUACAUUUUGGUGGUGAAAUGGGAUUUUUGGGACCAGUUGAGUGGGUUUUACCUUAGGGGUGUUUGGCCUUUUACUAGUAAGGCACUAAUAAUUUGAGGUGAAACAGAAGUGAGAGACAUAAAUGCAGAGAAAUUGAAAGGGAGAAAUAAAGGUAGCCAAAAGAAGGAACAAAAAUACAAACUCUUCUUUGUUCUGCUGUCUGAUGCAUGCACGUCUGGUCCUUUGAUCAUGACCACUGAGGGUCUCUUCGCAUGUCGUUUUUGAGCCCCAUCGUGAUUCUAUUCUCAGAAACAGGAGAAUCGAGGGCGAGAAAGCCGGGGAAAAAAGUCAUCUUUCUUUCUUUCCUUCUUUUUCCUUUUUCUUGAACGAAAUAAAGCAACUCCUAUUUUUCUUCUGAUUCUCUAAGUUUUUCUCGUUGGUUUUGGAUUGGGGGGUCACACAGGAAGAGGUUUCUACUCAUGGAAACUUGUUUGCAAUUUGCAGUUUUCCCCUUUUCUUCUGAUCCUUCACAGAAUUUAUAGCUUCGGUUUAAAGUCGGUGUUGGUGUUGCCUCUUCUAAAGUAUGGCCUGUUUGGUUAGCCUACCUUGUCCUUUCAGGAAACAUAAAAGCAAGCUAAGGUGAUUGGUGACUGAGUGAAUGAGUUAGUGAGAGAAACAAAACAGGGGUCUAAUGGCAGAUUCUGGUUCCUCAGAAAAGUACAAGAAAUCCGUUUCGUCUUCUUUCUUCAGUUCUCCGAGGUUGUUCACCAAUUUCACUCAGAAAGGUUUCCAUGAAACGGAAACCAUGAUGAGCCCUACCUCCAUACUUGACAGCAAGCCUUUCUCCGGUUUCAAGAAUCCUUUUUGGUCAGAAACAAACAGCCCCAGAACCCCAGGGAGUGAACACAAGCGUCACUGGGACAGAUUGGAUUCUAAAGGUGUUGGUCUUGGCCUAGUGGACGCUCUUGUCGACGAAGAGAAACACAGUGAAGUGAGUUCGAAACAUGAGAGUCGAAUGGUUGUUUUUGGAUCUCAGCUUAAGAUUCAGAUUCCUCCUCUGUCUGCAACUGAAUCAUCCAAAUUCGUAGCAGAGAAGGGAAAUUUUUCCCCUGGGAGUCUGUGUAUGGGAAAAUCUGCAUCCGGGGGUGCUAAUUCUCAGCGGAUUUUUAUGGGAUGUCUCUCUGCCAGCGAAAUGGAACUCUCUGAGGAUUACACUCGUGUGAUUUCCCACGGGCCAAACCCGAGAACCACUCACAUAUUUGAUAAUUGCAUCAUCGAGAGUAGCUGCUUCGAACUUGGGUGCUCUGUUAAGGAAGAUGGGUGUUUUCCUCAUCACACCAAUUAUCACUCUCGAAGCUUUUUGAGUGUUUGCUUUCACUGCAAAAGAAACCUUGGAGAGGGCAAAGACAUCUACAUGUACAGGGGUGAGAGAGCAUUUUGCAGCAAUGAAUGCCGGUACCAAGGGAUGGUCUUGGAGGAAGAGAUGAAUAAAUUAGAAGGCAGUGAUAUUUACGGGCCAUAGUUUGAUUCCUUUAGCCUCCAACGCCCAAAGCCAUUCGAUCUUUUGCUUGAAAGGGCUUCAGAAUAAUACCUUCAUAUUUAUUUUUCUAGGACAAAAAAUGGUCCUUGGAAAUCAGGAUCACUGUACCUGGUUUUUCUAUUUCUGCUUAUGAGUGUCACCCUCUCUGAGAUUAGCAAUGUAGAAGAUAGAAAGGGGAAUUGCGGGCAGAGAUAGUACUGUAGAGGUGAUUUUAUUGAAAUGAUGAAUGAAUUAGGGGAUUGGAUUGCUGUUGGGUUGGCCACAGUUUUGUAAUGAUACAUGUGUAUGACUUGAUCUUCCAUAUUAUCUUUGUUUAUUGUUAUAUAAUAAUAUAAUAGUAUUCGAAA